AUGUUGUCUUUAAAAGAUACAGACAAAAAAGAACCUCCGUUAACGCCGAAAGUGGACGUUCCAGAAAUAAAGAUAGAAAGUGAGGACAUGGAAAAUAAAGAUGGAUCAGAAGCGGAUAGAUUCAAUGUGUCUCAAGUUAAAGACCGCAAAAUUUCCGGAAAAGAACCCAGUUUAACAGGCAUAUCAGAGGAUGGUUCCGAACGUGCUUUAUCGGAGGAUACUGGCAGGACACGGAAAGUAUCCAUCAUGGUCGGGCCCGAGGGUAUGCCGAUUCGGCAUUAUAUUCCUGCCCGUAAGAUAUCCUCCACGGAACAUCAUUUCCUUACCCCUUAUUCCCGGGCCGUCCCGCCCUGCCGAAAGUCUUCCAUGGAUGCCUUCUUUGUUCAGCAGCACCAGCGUAUGUCUGUGGUGUCCGUUAUGAGUUCGAACCAGGACACAUUCGAAGCACUUCCGCAUGUUGAUCAUUACCGUGACCUUUUCUCAGUAUUUCCGAAUGACGAGGUGCGCCAAAGACCCACCCUUGACGAACUCAGGGACGAGGAGCCAUCCAGCCCUCGGUCUCCCGCCACCCCAUCGAUCAAGGAAGGGCUGUUUGCUGAGGAACUGAAGGAUGAGGAGGAGGGUCCAAAACCCACAUCUCGAGCGUCUGUGACGUCACAAGCGCUAAAGUUUGGCUGGAUACAGGGUGUACUGGUACGAUGUCUGUUAAAUAUCUUUGGUGUGAUGUUGUUUCUGAGGCUGACCUGGGUGACAGGUCAGGCAGGAAUAGGACUGGCUUCUGUCGUGGUUCUACUGUCGGCGUUCGUCACAAUCAUCACCACAACGUCGAUGUCCGCUAUCUGCACAAACGGCGAAGUCAAGGGAGGCGGGGCGUACUAUAUGAUAUCCCGGAGUCUCGGUCCGGAGUUUGGGGGAUCCAUCGGAAUCGUUUUCUCUCUUGCCAAUGCCAUUGCGGCCGCCAUGUACAUCGUGGGAUUUGCGGAAACUGUCCAGGCACUCAUGAUGGAGUUCGAUACGACAAUAACUGGCGACCGGAUGAAUGAUGUCAGAAUUAUUGGAUGUGCUACGUCAGUUCUACUGGUGGCAAUCGUGAUCAUCGGGAUGGAGUGGGAGGCCAAGGCACAAUUGGGCCUCCUAGUCAUUCUGACCAUUGCCAUUGUCAACUUCAUUGUGGGCACUUUCAUCCCCCCGACUGAGGAGAAACAGUGGAAGGGUGUUACAGGCUACAGCGUUGAUGUUUUUACCGAGAACUUUGGCCCCGCCUUCCGGGACGGCAAUAGUUUCUUCACGGUCUUUUCCAUUUUCUUCCCAGCUGCCACUGGUAUAUUGGCAGGUGCUAACAUCUCCGGUGACCUAAAGAAUCCUCAAAGUGCUAUACCAAAAGGCACAUUCUUAGCUAUUUUCCUGACCAGUCUAGUGUACCUUGCGAUGCUGUGGUGUGCCGGGUCAUGUAUACUUCGGGACGCUGUUGGACCAAUCGCAAUGGAGAUGAUCGCUAAUGUCACUAACAACGUCAGUGUCGUCACCAGUCCUAUUUCCACACCUACCAUCGAGGUCGUCCAACAGUGUGACAUGUUCAACCAAACUUGCGAGUAUGGACUGAUGAAUGACAACGGGGCUGUUGGCGUUGCCUCUGCAUUUCGGCCUCUCAUUCUCGCUGGUAUAUUUUCUGCCACGCUGUCGUCUGCUCUUGCAAGUUUAGUCGGUGCUCCCAAAGUAUUUCAGGCCCUCGGAAAAGACAAGUUGUUUCCCUACAUUGAAUUCUUUGCCAAAGGGUACGGCCAGAGUGGUGAGCCAAGAAGGGGCUAUCUACUUGCCUUUUUUAUUUGUGUGGCAAUGACCUGCAUAGGUGCUCUGGAUCUUAUUGCGCCCAUCAUAUCCAACUUCUUCCUGAUGGCCUAUGCUUUAAUCAACUAUUCUUGUUUUGAUGCCUCCAUCGCUGGCUCACCAGGAUUUCGACCCGCAUUUAGGUUCUAUAAUAAGUGGACAAGUCUACUAGGAGCGCUGAUCUGUCUAGCCGUGAUGUUCCUCAUCAACUGGUGGUCAGCUCUGAUAACAUUUGUUUUUGUGUGUGCUCUGUACAUGUACGUCAAGGUCACCAAACCAGACGUUAACUGGGGAUCCUCCACACAAGCUCACGUUUACAGAGAAGCACUAAAAUCCAGUAUGAAACUCAUCAAAAUUGACGAACAUGUUAAAAACUUCAGACCUCAAGUUUUAGUACUGUCGGGGUAUCCUCGUAACCGACCUCAGUUGAUUGACUUUGUAGCCUGUCUAACCAAGCGUCAGAGUCUCCUUAUGUGCGGUCACAUAUUUAGAGGAGAGAUGUCAGAUCACGUGAAGAAUCUAAGGUCCAAUGGGGCCUACAAGUGGUUUGAGGGACGAGGCAUUAAAGCUUUCUACAAUAGUGUGGUAACGCCUACACUAAGGAUAGGAGCACAGGUGCUAAUGCAGGCUGUAGGAAUAGGUAAACUUCGGCCCAACACUAUCAUCAUGGGAUAUAAAUCUGACUGGCAGAAGGCGGAUGGAUACGAAGUUGACGACUACUACAACAUCAUUCAGGAUGCUUUUGAUCUGAAUUAUGGCGUGGGGAUCCUACGUGUGCCGGAAGGACUAGACAUGAACAGGGUUCCGGACGAGUGUGUUGGAUUAGAUGACGACAUCGAAUCUGACCACGAACACGAAACUGAACAAGAUAUUCAAUAUGAAGCUGAUUCGCAGAAAUCGCCUACCCUAUCAUCAGAUAACAGUGACAUUCCCGGGGAAAAUAACAAAAAUGAGAGUUCUUACAAGUUUUCAAAUAGCAAGGCCAAGGUGACGCCGCCAACAAACCACGUAGUACUUCAGAGACUUAACACUGUUGAUGAGGGCGCAGAAGAUAAUAAGGCGUAUGAAAGGGACCAAGAGACACAAUUAGGGGACGACGAGGAGGAGGAGGAUGGGACAAGGCCUACCCAUACCACCCUGUUAUCUACCUUAUCAAGUGACUCUAAUGCAGGCCGAUUCCGAGAGAAGCAGUACGGCACUAUAGAUGUAUGGUGGUUGUAUGAUGAUGGAGGUUUAACAUUAUUGAUACCAUACAUUCUUUCUACACGGAGAAAAUGGAAAGACUGCAAGCUGAGAGUGUUUUGUGCUGGAAGUAAACGUUCCAAUCCAAACGAGGACCAAAUGAGAAUGGCUUCUCUCCUUGCAAAGUUCCGGAUAGAGUAUUCCCAACUGACAGUCAUUCCAGAUUUGUGGAAGAAGCCGUCUCUCAACAUGUAUAAAGAAUUUGAGAGUGUUAUCCGUCAAUGGAGAUUACGUGGUGGAGAAUAUCCGGAUGAAUUCCCUUGGAAAAUCAGUGACAGUGAUCUUAUUUCCAACAAAGCCAAGAUAUACCGGAACAUCCGCUUGAGAGAACAGCUACUCAUUCAUUCAACAGAGGCAUCACUGAUUGUCAUGACGUUACCGGUGCCUAGGAAAACUUACUGUCCUGCGGGACUUUACAUGGGUUGGUUAGAAACACUAACACGUGACAUGCCACCAAUGUUGUUACUCCGCGGAAACCAACAAAGUGUGCUGACGUAUUAUUCGUGA